AUGGGCUCUAUUGCUGUCUCUCAGGACGGCCUACCUCACGCUGGCCCCAAGGCGGCCAAGCAGCAGGCAGCGCAGCCAGUCGCCAACAAUGACCUCGACAUCAUCGACAUUCGGCGUGUUGCGGUUGAAACAAACUUGAAGGACGACAUCAUUUCCAUGUGGAACCCCACAAACGGACCCCGGAGGCUACCUACCCUGCUUCUCUACAACGAACGGGGACUGCAGUUGUUCGAGGAGAUCACUUACCUGGACGAAUACUACUUGACCAACAACGAGAUUGAGGUUCUCGAGAAAAACUCAAAAGAGAUUGCGCAGAACAUCUCACCGGAGUCCAUGGUCAUUGAGUUGGGGAGUGGCAACCUUCGUAAAGUCUGUCUGUUACUACAAGCCUUUGAAGAUGCCGGUAAGAACAUCGACUACUACGCACUCGACCUUUCCCUGGAGGAACUGGAGCGCACACUGGCCCAAGUGCCCAAGUUCCGUCACGUCAGAUGCCAUGGCCUGCUUGGAACCUACGAUGAUGGCCGGGAAUGGCUGAAAAAGCCAGAAAACCUGGCUCGCACCAAGUGCAUCUUGAGCUUGGGAUCAAGCAUUGGAAAUUUCGAACGCGACGACGCAGCUGGUUUCCUCAAAUACUUCAGCGAUGUUCUCACGCAAUCGGACAUGUUGUUGAUUGGGCUUGACGGCUGCAGUGACCCAUCCAAGGUGUAG